GAACAGGGGCAGCAGCAACGGGAAUAGGAGGGUGGUCGACGACGAUGACGAUUUGGACGUCGAGAUGCUGAGCAUCUCGAGCGGGGACGAGGAUUCUGCUAAGGAUCACGCGGGUUUGAGGGCCAGAGGUGGCGCGAGUGGUGGUUCGAGGCCCGGGAGGGACGACGACAGAGCGUGGGAUGGUGAAGAACCUAAUUGCUGGAGGCGCGUGGACGAAGACAAGGUGAGUUCGAGAUGGUAAACCUAAGGAGAAAGGGAGAAGUUUCAGAGCACGACAAGAACGAGGGACGGAGGAGGGUCUUCCAUGUCCGCUUCGGUUCCAGGAGAGUAGCGAGAACAAGAAAGAUGGUGUUGGUGUUGGCAUUGGGGGAUCUGCACAUACCGCACAAGGCGCCUGAUCUGCCCGCCAAGUUCAAGUCCAUGCUCGUCCCUGGCAAGAUCCAGCACAUCAUCUGCACCGGCAAUUUAUGCAUCAAACUGGGUCCCUUUAUCCUUCUCUUGUUGUUGUUGUUGAUUGAAUUCCCCGACCCAUUUGCGAUCGUGAUCUUAUUUGGAUUUCUUUUAGCAAUUUCGCAUUGCUCGGUUGAUGUUGUCUUUGUUUUCUUUUUCGUUUUUGGCUGCAGCUCCCAUGAGGUGAUGUAGCGAUGGCAUUUUUUGAUUUAUUGUUGUUUUUGUUUGAUGUCAUUUUAGUCUAUGCCCUCUAGCAUAUUGUGGGGAUUUUUUGUUUUGGUAGGGGGGUUACAAGCAUUGUUCUGUUGGUGAUUUUUCCUUUCCUUAUUUUUGGCCUCACUUAUGGGGCCUUACCUUGCGGCUCAUGGAUGUAGUUGAAAGUUUUGUUUGAAUCGCCAGAUUGGUGUAUUCUUGGCACUCCGCGGUUCAGCCUUUUUUCUGAGAGAGGAGGCUUUUAGAUUGCUGACCUUAAGUGCCUCAUUGUGCAAUUACCGGUUGUCUCGCAAAUUUCUUUGAUUUGUGGAAAUUGACAAUGUUCUUCGUCA